CCCUCGGUGGUACAACACAGCUGCAUUACACAUAGAAUGUAAAGGCCGGGCUACAUUGAUCGUACUCCUGAGUGUAAUUUUUGUGAACGCGUACGCCAUCUAGCGGCGGCGGGUCGAAGCUAGAGGCUGGUAUAAUUUAUCUGUCAAAAAGCGUUUUGGGUCGAGGAGCCUAUAAUUUUGAUCACAAACCAGUAAACAAACAGCUCGGUGAGUAUGUUCGAUAUUUUGUCGUGUAUGUUUUUUUGAAAAUAUGUGGUAAUUUAACAUACAUAUUGUAUUUCUAGCCAUGAAACAAGCAGGAAGCAGUCGACGCAAUGAAAAAAUAGAUCAUGAAAAAAGCCUCCGCUUCAUUGCCGAGGUGCAAAAGCACCGUGUUUUGUGGGAGAAAAAAAAUAAAAAUUAUAAAAAUGUAGUUUUGAAGGGCGACGCGUGGGCUGCGAUAGCGGCCAAGGAGGAGGUUUCGCCACAAGAUGCGAAACAUCUGUGGUCCCGACUCCUUGGCAUUUAUCGGACCAACAAGGCCAAGGUCAAGAAGACGGCGCAAACCGGUGCAGGCAAUGACGACGUGUUCCGGCCACGGUGGUUCGCCUACCAAGCGAUGUCUUUUGUAGACGAGGCCACCCAAGAUGCGGUGCAUGUAGACACGCUUGGCUACGACGAUGAGGGCCUCACUCCCCGUUCCCUCGUGGAGGCAGCCUACGCGGUUCCACAAUCGUUGGACGACAUCGAUUGGGAUGCCGCGGUUGCCUUCGACCCCGAGCCAUUCUCUCCCACUCCUUCUUCCUACCCUUCUGCCUUAUCCGUCACUCCUGGCACGAUCCGCGAGGGAAACGGUGUGAGUGGGGCCCUCAACAACCGGCUGCAACAACCGGUUUCGGGUGCAACAGGCGCACCGGAAACCGCAGAUCCGGACGAUUUCGGCCGAUACGUGGCCGAUGAGCUUCGGCUUAUUCCGUCUCCAAAAAGGAGACGCAUUAUGAAUAUUCAGCGGGAAUUAUUAGAAACAUUAAAAAAAAUCUUUAAAAACAUAACUUUGAAUACUUUUUGA